UUUCUCAUCACGCAAGUCUCCCCCUGAUCCAUCAAACCAGACGCACACUCACAGACGGAUUCUCUGCCACUCAGAAGGUGGCAAAAGAUGGCAAUGGAGAUGGCCAUCAGAGCCUCAGCCGUCCAGAGACCUCCUCAGUCUCCUCCUUCAAGAUCAUCCACGCCCAGAGCUACUUUCAAGCCUCAACUCAGAGCCACCUCUGUAUCACUUCCUGCAUCAACAACCAUCUCUCUCUUGGCCAUUUUCACUCCUCUCAAUGAAGCCAAGGCUCUCAGCCUCUCCAAGGACCAGAUAGUUUCGUCUCUCGAUGAAGUGGAGAAGACAAUUGAUCAAGUUCAGCAAGUGGGUUCGAGUUUUUUUGAUGCUGCACAGCGUGUUCUUGAAGUUGUAGGAAAUGCUUUGAAGCCUGGCCUCGAUGCUGCGUUGCCAAUUGCGCGGGAGGCCGGAGAACAGGCACUGAAGGUUGCUUCUCCAGCAAUUUCCGAGGCAUCAAAGAAAGCCCAAGAAGCAAUCCAAAGCUCGGGCAUUGAUACGGAGCCUGUUGUCGGUGCUGCAAAGACAGUAGCAGGUGCCGCACAGCAGACCACCAAGGUACUUGAAGAGGCCAAGCCAAUUGCUUCAUCAACUAUUGAGACCAUUUCUUCAGCAGAACCAGUCGUGAUUGUAGGAACUGCUGGAGCAUUGUUUCUUGCUUACCUUCUCCUUCCUCCCAUCUGGUCCAUUAUCUCCUAUAGCCUCCGAGGUUACAAAGGUGAGCUUACUCCUGCGCAAACUCUUGAUCUCUUAGCUACAAAGAAUCACUAUCUGAUUGACAUUCGAUCAGAGAAGGACAAGGACAGUGCUGGCAUUCCUCGCCUUCCUUCUACUGCUAAAAGCAAAAUGAUUGCUAUUCCCUUGGAAGAACUGCCCAACAAGUUACGAGGCCUUGUUAGAAAUGUGAAAAAAGUAGAGGCUGAAAUAGCAGCAUUGAAGAUUUCUUAUCUCAAGAAAAUUAACAAAGGCACCAAUAUUGUAAUCUUGGACUCGUACUCAGAUUCAGCAAAAAUAGUAGCAAGAACACUUACUAAUCUUGGCUUUAAGAAUAGCUGGAUUGUGGCUGAUGGUUUCUCUGGAAGAAGAGGAUGGUUGCAGAGUCGUUUAGGGACAGAUACAUACAAUUUCUCUUUCGCAGAAGUUCUUUCACCAUCCCGACUCAUUCCUGCAGCAGUUAGACGUUUUGGUACAACCAGUUCAGCACCUCAAGGUGGCCAAAAGUUGCUGCCGGGAUCAGAGUGACGGUGUAAUCCUUUCUAUGUGCAUAUGCAAUUUAGUUUAGAGUUCCCUGGAAUCAUUUCUUGUCAUUAUUUCAACCAAUCUAAUCAAUGAUAGGUUUUUUCUUA